CUCUGUCAGUGUGGAACUGGGACAAAUUUCCCAAGAGAGUAUAAAAAUGUCGAUCUGGGGUCCUGCACUCUCCCUCUUUCAGAUGGUUUCCCGUAGAAAAAUAAUACCAACAAGUGACUGCAGAGAAUCGGAAUUGCGCCGCUGCCUUUCCACCUUGGACUUAGUGGCUCUGGGUGUAGGCAGUACGUUGGGUGCAGGGGUAUACGUCUUAGCAGGGGAGGUUGCCAGGACCUACUCAGGCCCUAGUAUCAUCAUUUCCUUUCUGAUUGCUGCUCUGGUAUCCAUGCUGGCAGGAUUGUGUUAUGCUGAAUUUGGAGCCCGGGUGCCGCUGUCUGGAUCGGCUUAUCUCUACAGUUACAUAACAGUCGGAGAGCUGUGGGCAUUCAUCACAGGGUGGAACCUGCUGCUCACCUAUGUAAUUGGUACCUCCAGCGUGGCCAGAGCCUGGAGCUCAACUUUUGAUGAGCUGCUGGGCAAACAAAUGGCGACCUUUUUCAACACCCAUAUGGCCGUGACCUUUCCCGGACUGACUAAAUAUCCUGAUAUCUUUGCUGUUUCCCUCAUUGUCAUACUGGCAGGGCUCCUCUCCAUCGGGGUGAAAGAAUCCAGUACAGUCAACAAGGUCUUCACAGCUAUUAAUGUGCUCGUCCUGCUAUUCAUAAUAAUCAGUGGAUUCAUCAAAGGGGACCUAAAGAAUUGGAGGAUGAGUGAGAAUGAUUUACUCACUGCUGCCCAUAGAUUUAGAAACCAGACUGGAACUGACAAUGGAACCUGGGAGUUUGGGACCGGAGGGUUCAUGCCCUAUGGCUACAGUGGGACCAUGGCUGGAGCCGCUACGUGCUUCUAUGCGUUCGUUGGCUUUGAUUGCAUUGCGACUACCGGGGAAGAAGUGAAGAAUCCCCAGAAAUCCAUCCCAUUGGGAAUUGUUCUCUCCCUGGUCAUCUGCUUCCUAGUCUACUUCAGUAUUUCAGCUGCCUUGACCCUGAUGAUGCCUUAUCACCUUUUGGACACGAUGAGUCCUCUGCCAGUGGCUUUUGACUACAUUGGAUGGACGUUGGCCAAGUACGCUGUAGCUGUGGGGUCACUCUGUGCUCUGACUUCCAGCUUGCUGGGUUCUAUGUUCCCAAUGCCACGGAUUAUAUUUGCUAUGGCCCGGGAUGGACUGCUCUUCCAGCCUUUGGCCAAAGUGAACAGCCAGCAGAGCCCAGCAAUUGCAACACUGGUGUCUGGGGCCAUUGCAGCUUUGAUGGCUUUCCUCUUUGACCUCAAGGCCUUGGUUGACCUGAUGUCCAUUGGGACACUGCUGGCCUACACUCUCGUAGCUAUCUGUGUUCUUCUCCUCAGGUACCAACCUGAUCCCAGCUCUCCGGACCCAUCAGAAAAGAAGAGUCCAAGCAAGAUGCUCUGGGUAGACCUCCUCAUCAAUCCUCAUGUGAUCUCAUCCCAGGGCUCCUUCAACCUGGUGGCCCAUACUUUAUGCUUUGUGGUUGUCCUGGUCUGCAUCGUGAGCGUGCUGGUGACAACAGGGCUGCCAUGUUUCUCAUCGGGGGGCACCUGGUGCCUGGCCUGCCUUUUUGUCCUCCUCUUGGGGAUUCUAGUGGCAGCCCUAAUCAUCUGGAGGCAGCCUCAGAGCCAGAACAAAGCAGAGUUCAUGGUCCCGUGCCUGCCGUUCUUGCCCAUCCUCUGUGUCCUGGUCAACAGCUACCUAAUGACUCAGUUCAGCAAUGACACCUGGCUUUGGUACAUGGUGUGGAUGGUUCUUGGCGUCCUAAUUUACUUUGCCUAUGGGAUCCGCCACAGUGCAGAGAGACACAAGAAACAAGAUCUGUCCCCACCCACAGAAGGCCAUGCAGGCAACAAGUGACACAGAUAGAUUCAUCACUCAC